AUGGUGGAGGCAUCAGGCAACUGGAAGCCAGGUGUAGAGAACAAGAGUCGGGGUCAGAGUUCAGGAGGGAAGCUCAGGCUCUCUUGUCCCCAGGACUUCCUACUUCAACAGGAAGAGAGGAGGCCAGGCCCUAAGCAACCGGUAGCUUUGGUUUCCUGGCCAAAGAGCUGUGCUCCUCAGAGGAACUGGGCUAGGCUGGAAGUAAGAGGGACAGCCCUUGUUCUCUGUCUGUCCACAGCGCUGGAGGUGUCUGUCUCUGAUUUCCAGUUCUACCAGAACAAUGUUCAGCACCACACAGAGGAAAUCAGCGUCCAGCGGCUCUUAGUGCGUCGGGGCCAGGCCUUCUGCAUCACACUAUACUUUAAGAACAGGGGAUUCCUAUCCAACAUGGACAAAAUCAUCUUCAUCACAGAGACUGGUCCAAAGCCUGACCUCUCCAUGGGCACCCGAGCCGUAUUCUCCAUAGAAGAACCAAACUUCAAGAGCUCUUGGAUUGCACUGAUCAAGUCCAAUGGGGCCAACUUCCUGGAAGUCAGUCUGUGUGCCCCGCCCAUGGCAGCGAUUGGUCAAUACCUCUUGAAAAUUCACAUCGAUUCCUUCCAAGGACCAGUCUCAGCAUAUCACCUUGGGGAGUUCAUCGUUCUCUUCAAUCCUUGGUGUCCAGCUGAUGAAGUCUAUUUAGAAAGUGAGCCUCAGAGGCAGGAAUACAUCAUGAAUGAUCAUGGCUUCAUCUACCAGGGAAACAAGAACUGGAUCCGUCCGUGUCCAUGGAACUAUGGACAGUUUGAAGAAAAUAUCAUAGACAUUUGCCUGAAGCUAUUAGACCAGAGCUUGAAUUUUCAAGUUGAUCCAGCCAUGGACUGUGCACUGCGAGGGAGCUCCGUGUACAUCAGCAGAGUUGUCAGUGCCAUGAUCAACAGCAAUGAUGACAAUGGUGUUCUCAAUGGGAAAUGGAGUGAAGGUUACUUUGAUGGAAUUAGCCCCUCUGAAUGGAAUGGUAGUGUGGCCAUCUUGAAGCAGUGGUAUGCCACAGGGGGCCAGCCUGUGAAAUAUGGACAGUGCUGGGUCUUUGCAGCUGUGAUGUGUACAGUGAUGAGGUGCCUUGGGAUCCCUACUCGAGUUAUUACCAACUUUGAUUCAGGGCAUGACACAGAUGGCAAUUUGAUUAUCGAUGCCUAUUACGACCACACUGGCAGAAUCCUGGAGAAUAAGAAGAAGGACAGUGUAUGGAAUUUCCAUGUGUGGAAUGAAUGCUGGAUGGCCAGGAAAGAUCUUCCUCCAGGUUAUGGAGGUUGGCAGUUGCUAGAUGCCACUCCUCAAGAGACAAGCAAUGGUCUCUACUGUUGCGGGCCUGCCUCAGUCAGAGCCAUUAAGGAAGGGGAGGUGGAGCUGAAUUACGACACCGCCUUUGCUUUCUCCAUGGUCAACGCCGACUGCGUGUCCUGGCUCAUCUAUGGUGGAAAGGAACAGAAACUUCACUUAGACACCAGUUUGGUUGGCAAGUUUAUCAGUACCAAGAGCGUCCAAAGUGAUGAGAGAGAUGACAUUACUGAAAACUACAAGUAUGAAGAAGGCUCACUCCAGGAGCGAGAGGUGUUUCUGAAGGCUUUUCAGAAAUUGCAGUCUAAAAGAUUCCCAGAGAGUCACCGAAGAUUUUCUCAGCCUAGAGAGCCCCUACGAGUCACAGAGGAGGGAAACCCAGCCCAGAUCUCUCCCUCCAGGUCAAAGGAUCUGAGGCUGACAUUCAAGCUGGUCGAGCCUGCCUACCUGGGCUUGGACAUACAUUUCAUUCUACAAAUUUUCAACUUGGGCCUACAGUUCAAGGACCUUAAGGUGAACCUGAGUGCUCAGUCCGUGCUCCAUGAUGGCAGUCCCCUGCCUGUGUUCUGGCAAGACACAGCAUUCAUCACUCUGGUGCCCAGUGAAGCAAAGACGUAUCCCUGCAUAGUCCCCUAUUCCCAGUACAGCCGGUUUCUGUCACCAGACAAGCUGAUCCGGAUCAGCGCCCUGGGAGAAGAGAAGAACAGUUUAGAGAAGUUCCUGGUUGACAAGAUCAUCAACUUGGAACUCCCGAGCAUCGUGAUUAAUGUUCUGGGAGAAGCCAUUUUGGGCCAGACACUUACCAUACAAGUGAUAUUUGAAAAUCCUCUCUUGGAGGAGGUAGGGGAUUGUGUGCUGACUGUGGAAGGAAGUGGUCUGUUCAAGAAACAGCUGAAGAUCAUGAUUGGAAACCUCAAGCCCCAAAGUAAGGCUAGCGUCACUAUUGAAACUGUCCCCUUCAAGAUCGGCGAGCGGCAGAUCCAAGCCAAUCUGAGGAGCAACAAAUUUAAGGAUAUCAAAGGAUACAGGAAUGUGAAUGUUGCCUCCGAAUUAUAA